ACUAAAUAAACUUUAACCUAGAUUGUUAAACGAAUAAUGAAACUUUUUACAGUUUGUAAAUGCAAAUAUGCAUAUGCAUUUUACUUUAGCUUUCUACCUCAUUUAUAAAAUUAACCUUUAACCAAGUUCAAUAUACAGUCAUUUAACCAAAUAAUUUGAUUGAAUGUAUUUAUUUACAAGUAUAUAAGACGUGAUUCUUUAAUGUACUAUUUACAAGUACAUAUUUCUGUAUAAAAAUAUUUAAUGUUUUAAUAAACACUUGUUACUAUCUAUAAUGAACAUUACGAGAAACAUUAGUUCAGUAAUUAACAGGAUAUCCACAGUCAAGGAACUACUAUUUUCAUCAAAAUAUUUGUUGUAUACAAAUGUAGCAAUAUCUAUUUCCCUCUCUGCAACUGGAGAUGUAUUAGAACAGCAUUAUGAAAUAUUAAAGAAUGAAUGGGAUAAGUGGAGUUCGAAUAGAACAAAAAAUAUGGCCAUUUCUGGAAUGUCCAUUGGUAUAGUAUGUCAUUAUUGGUACAGAUAUUUAGAUGCUAGAUUACCAGGUCGUACAAUUGAUAUUGUUUUAAAAAAGGUUGUUAUUGAUCAAUUAGUCUGUUCUCCACUUUGUAUAAGUAUGUUUUUUUUAACACUAGGCAUUUUAGAAAAUAGUAGUUGGGCUGAAUUAAAAGCUGAAAUUAUUAAUAAAGCAUAUAAAUUAUAUGUAGCAGAAUGGAUUGUUUGGCCACCAGCUCAAAUUUUUAAUUUCUGUUUCUUACCUACAAGAUAUAGAGUUCUUUAUGAUAACACUAUAUCUCUUGGUUAUGAUGUUUAUACUAGCCAUGUGAAACAUGAUAAUCUAAUGUACAAUUCAAAAAAUUAUAUACAUUGACCUCUAUUUAAAAAAAAUAUAGUCAUCAAUUUUAAAACAAUUCCUAUUAUGUUUGUUAAAUUCUCAUUGUUCUAUUUAUCUGGUAUAAAUAGUUAAAUAUAUAAAUAUAUUGCAAAUAACUAAAGUAAAUCUUUUCUUUCAAAUUAUUUAUUUAUUUUCCUCACUGUAAAAAUGACUGAUAGAAGAAAGAAUAGUUUCACAAAACUUGUGAAAAAUGUUACAAGCCUUUGUGUAUCUGUUACACAUAAUAUUUACACUUUUAUAGAAAAAAAUGUCCAUCUUAUCAUAUAAGAAUAUGUACUUUAAAACAUUCCAUCAUGAAUACCAAUAGGUACAAGGACUGCAAUAAAUAAUAACAAAUUACGAGCCACUAAUCUCCAAUCAUUUGGUACUGCAUAUGGUGCUAAUACCCGGGUUAAUCUAUGUAUCUACCAAAAUAAGUAAAACAUUAUUAUAUAGAAUUAACAAUUUGUUAAGGUAAAAACUGAAACAUUCGGACACUUACUUCAUGGCUUGCACAUAUAAAAAUGAAUGACGUGACUAAUAGAUUCAAUACUGGAAAUCUAGGCAGUAAUACUAGUACACCAUGAGAAUCUGCUGCCAACCAAAUAUGACCCUGUGCGACUAGAGUUUCUAAACUGAUUCGACCUAAACCAGCUAAGAGUGCUGAAUGUUUACCGCGCAAUGCUAAUGAUGCAUUUCUUAGCGCUAUGUAUCCUAUAAUCUGUAAUAAAAAACUAAGUUUAAUUAUAAAAAAA